CGAAGGGUUAAUAUUGCUGCUGCUGUUUCUUCUUCUUCUUAUCAUCAUUCGUUUGACGUCUGGUCUGGCGGUGGUGGAUGCGAAGCCUCUGCUUCUGCUGCCUUCCUUCUCGGUUGGUGGAAGUUCUUCCGCUUCUUCUGCAUCCGCUCGCCUCUAUCUUUCCCCACAGCUGGAGUACACAACUUGAAGAGGCAGAGCAACGGGGCAAAGCAAGCAGAGCAACCACCCAUAUCCCUCCGCUGCCUGCCACCCUCGCCCCUCUGACCCAAGUAGCAUAAAGGGUAUUUUGCUUUAGGUUUCGCAAUGGCAGAAGAGAUGAAGAGGAUGAUAGCCCUGGGCUUCGAGGGCUCGGCGAACAAGAUCGGCGUCGGCGUCGUGACGCUCGACGGCACCAUCCUCUCCAACCCUCGCCACACUUAUAUCACUCCGCCGGGCCAAGGGUUUCUCCCCCGCGAGACCGCCCAGCACCAUCUCCAGCACGUCCUACCCCUCGUCAAGGAAGCCCUCAAGACCGCCCGAGUGACACCGGACGACCUUGACUGUCUCUGCUACACCAAGGGCCCCGGCAUGGGUGCUCCAUUGCAGGUUGCUGCCAUAGUCGUUAGGGUUCUUUCUCAGCUAUGGAAAAAGCCGAUUGUUGCGGUGAACCACUGUGUGGCUCAUAUUGAGAUGGGGAGGAUUGUCACUGGUGCUAUUGAUCCUGUAGUUUUGUAUGUGAGUGGUGGAAACACGCAGGUGAUCGCGUACAGUGAGGGGAAAUAUAGGAUCUUCGGGGAGACCAUUGAUAUUGCUGUCGGAAAUUGCCUCGAUAGAUUUGCCCGAGUCUUGACUCUGUCCAAUGAUCCUAGCCCUGGAUACAAUAUUGAGCAGGUCGCGAAGAAAGGUGAGAAGUUCAUCGAUCUUCCUUAUGUUGUCAAAGGAAUGGAUGUCUCCUUCAGUGGAAUAUUAAGCUUCAUUGAAGCGACUGCUGAAGAAAAACUUAAAAAUAAUGAGUGCACCCCUGCAGACUUGUGCUACUCCCUUCAGGAGACGCUAUUUGCAAUGCUCGUGGAGAUCACAGAGCGAGCAAUGGCCCACUGCGACAAGCGGGACGUCCUCAUCGUGGGUGGGGUGGGCUGCAACGAGCAGCUGCAGGAGAUGAUGAGGAUAAUGUGCUCAGAGCGAGGCGGGAACUUGUACGCUACUGAUGAUCGGUAUUGUAUUGAUAACGGGGCGAUGAUUGCCUACACGGGCCUCCUCGCCUUCGCCCAUGGGACAACAACCCCCCUCGAGGAAUCGAUCUUCACUCAGAGGUUUAGAACCGAUGAGGUGCAUGCAAUUUGGAGAGAGAAGGAGGCGACUGAAAAGAAGGCUAACUAGUGCCACUGAGGUAGAUAAAUCUGUAGACUUGUAUUAUGUGUCUUUACACUCCAGGUUUUUAUUAAGAAGUUUGAUAAUUUUUAGGCCAUUAAUAUCGGCACGUGAGCUACCAUUUGAAUCUUUUCUGAAAUGUAUUCCGAUUGUAUUUGGGGCGGGAUAUAAAAAUUCAGCUAGCAUGAUUUGUAUUUUACAUUUAAAAUUCCUCCUGUUGGAGGUUUACAUUGAGUCCACUCUACUCGUCAAUAUGCAUUACUGGCCACUUUAUAGAUUA